UGGCUUCCGUUGUGCGCGCGGGAGCGGCGUUUGGGGCGCGCGCAGGAUGGCACAGCCUUCAACUUCUUUUAAGGAUUUAUACUUUUGUGGCUGCACAGAGCGCUGCUUACCCUGCAGUGUCUGCUGGAAGGUGUUGGGAAGCCCCUGAUCCUAGAGGACUUGGAGAAAUGCUUCUUUCGGAAAAGAGCAUUUGAUACAGAAUAUAACUUCAACUUUAAAAUGCAGCCCUUGUUUCUGUCAUGUUUUAACUAGAGACCUCCUGGAAUAAGUGAAUCUCUGGUGGUUUGCGAUGUUGCUGAAGACCUGGUGGAGAAACUGAGAAAAUUCCGGUUUCGUAAAGAAACCAACAAUGCUGCCAUUAUAAUGAAAAUCGACAAGGAUAAGCAGUUGGUGGUGCUGGAUGAGGAGCAUGAGGGUAUUUCUCCCGAUGAGCUAAAAGACGAGCUGCCUGAGAGACAACCCCGAUUUAUUGUUUAUAGUUACAAGUAUCAGCAUGAUGAUGGAAGAGUCUCUUAUCCAUUAUGCUUUAUCUUCUCCAGUCCAGUUGGAUGUAAGCCUGAGCAGCAGAUGAUGUACGCUGGAAGCAAGAAUAAGCUUGUACAGACAGCUGAACUCACGAAGGUAUUUGAAAUAAGAAAUACAGAAGACCUAACUGAAGAAUGGCUGCGUGAGAAACUGGGCUUCUUCCACUAAGAAAACCUCUGUCAUAAGUAUUUAUGUACCCUCCUGAUAAUACUGGAACCAGACAUGAAUACUUACAUCUAAGAAAUGCACUGUAUUUACAGCUGUCUUCUGCAGCAUAUCCCUUGUGCGAAGUUUGUGCAAAGAAUAGCAGAUCUGUCUCCUUGAAGUAACAAAUCUUUGCAGGUGUUUCCUUAUUUGUACCUGUCAAAAGGGAAUACUCCUCUGCAGGGACACCUUUUGCACUCUUGUGACUAAUAUUUCUAUAACUAAAAUAGCUCCGUUCUGGAUUUAUAACUAUUUACAAAUGUAAUUUGGAAGCUGACGCUAACUUUUUCUGAGCUACAAAUGCACCCUUAUGAUGUAUUCUAGCCAUUUAUAUGCAGAAAUCAUGUACUGUCUCUUAACUUCUCAGACUUUUUUGACUUAAUGUCUUCUCAAUUUUGAAAACUACUCUCUGGAAGCAUUUAGUAUUCAAAAGACAAAACCUUUGUAGAGCCAAUCCAUCUGUUUAUCUUUCCAUUGAGUCCACGUGAACUUCCUCAAAUUCCUGUUACUCAUUUGUGUUAUUCCAGUGAUUCCUCAGUUGACUGAGUCAAUCUCUCUAAAUUUCAGGGCAAAGCUUUGGCUGUCCAGUUUUCGUGCUGAUACAGCCUUACAGGAACUAGGUGAUAACUAAGGGCUGAAUUACAACUCUGGUGACUCUCAUACCAGACGUUUUGCAUCUAUAACUGAUUACACUGUUAAGAAGUUUACCUCUUUCCUCAUUUCCUCUUAUAUGGACACCUGUUAAUCCUGUGUGCCUUUAAUUUGUUAGCUUUAAAAUGACUUGAGAAUUUUACACUGCCACUUACUACAAAUUUGGUAUAAACUUUGUUAAAGAAUCCUAGUAACUUUUAUUUCCUAGUGCCUGGUGUUGCAGUUGACAUCUAAAAAAGAAAAGCUGACCUCAUUUUCUUUGGAAUUCAGUCAUCUACUCCAUUUGUAGGAGUUGAGAGGUUAAAGCUUUUCAUGAUAAUGAAUGAUUUAUAUCUCUUUUGUUACAGAAGUUGGCCACUCAUAGCUUUUGAGUACUUUAACUACAGUCUCUUAACUUUCUUAACUGCUUGUCGGUCAAAAUUACAUUCCAGAAGAAGCUUUUGCGUACGUGAUCAUUUCAUUUUCAUUUACUUACAGUUCAUCUCUUUGAAACAGCAAAUAUUCUAAUGUGAAAAUAGUAUUUAACUUUUAUAAACGACCAGUCUUUUUACAGGUCUGUUUUAUAUGGAGUAGAGUAGUUGUCUGAUGCGGGACCCGUUCCGCCCGCGCAGUGGCAAAGGGAGUGCUCACGUGACAGUAUCUCACUAUCUUGCUUGUGAGUGUCUGUUGUGCCGCUGAGGAUCUGUGUAAGAGCAGCUUCCUGUUGAUAACGUACCUUAAAAUACAGCUGUUCAGUGAGAAGGAGUGCGGUGUUCAAUUUGGAGGCCAGUAUUUCACGCUGUGAAGCCUCUGCUGAAAGGAAGUUAGUUUUUCGUUUGUAAACAUACAUUUUGUUAGUGUUAAAACACUAAUUCCUCUAAAAUCACAAGGAAUUCAUUUGCAAAAGUCUGCAGUGUGGGUAAAUCUCAUCUUUAGUUUGAUGUUACUGCUCAUUAAUUUGUAUACAAAUCUGACUUGAGAGGAGCUUUUCAAAAUAUGUGUUCAAAUGAUCCAGUUAAAUUGAUCUUUCAGUGUGGGAAGGAAAUGCUUGUAACAAAAUUUACAUUUCUCUGGCAACGUAGUGAAAUGGAAAAACAAUUUCAUUUCCCUGGACAAAAAAAAAGUGUUGAUUAUGAAACUGUUGAUUGAUUGUUCUGUACUAGAGAUCAAUAAAAACAAUGUCUUUUGUGACAAACAUUGCAUAAAUAAGACUUUGGCUUAAAGAAUAGUCUCAUUCUAAGCAUCGAUCAUGAAACAGCAAGGAUCUUGUUUUGUUGGCAUUGUGCUAGAGGUGAAGCCUGUCAAAGUACAGGGUGGGAGAGAGGGCUGCUUGUAACGUUCAGCUUGAUUCGCGGUGGGGAAAACUGGAUUAAUAACUUUGAUUGUCCUUUGUACGCUGGUGGGCUGCCAGCAUCCAACUGCAGCUUGCUCAGGCUGGGUCAGAAAAGGGGCCUGUCUCGGGAGGAGAAGGGAGGAGCUGCUGCAGGCAAACGACUGAAUUUGAGUCCUCAUCUCUGGAUUGCUCCACUUCUGCUGGGAAAAGAUUGCUGCUUACGGCUGUAUCUUCAGCCUGUGCUCUUUUCACUUUGGAUGUUCUUGUUGCCUCCACUUUCUGCCGUGAGUGCUGCCCCUCAGGACUUGCAGGAGCUGAACAAGUGUUAGAGCCCACUUCCCUGUGAAAGGUGAUGUUGGUGUUGCUCAGCCCACUGGUAUUAUUCUCCAAACAGUCUUGCUUGGUAGCUUCUUCCUCUCUCUGACCCGUGGAAGUGAGGAAUCAGCUGCAGGUAGUUGGAGAACGAAUGUGCAGAGGAUAUUUGCUGUUCUAGGCUUGUUUGUGGUUUCCUUCUUUUUAAUGCAGUCUUUUGAUACAACUGCCUGCUGCUCCCUGUCCUGAGCUAUUGAGGUACAGGCAGUGCUAAUACUUGAUUAAACAAAGACAUAAAUUAUGUCAAAGUCUUUCCUGCACAAAUAAUACUUGUUUUCAUAACGUACUAUCUCACCUUAUCUUUAGAACUGUAUUUUCUCUACUGCUGCCCCUGAAGAUGCGUGGGAGGCAGCUUUGUCCAUGUUCAGAAGGCCAGUAUGUUCCGACUGCGCUUUACGUGCGAGUCAGCUCUCCAUAAUCGUGCAUUUGUCUUAUUUUCUGAUCUCUAGAGAGGGUUCAAACUGAAGGACAACAUAGAUUAACUAACGCCACCAAUGGGAGCCUUUGUAGCUAAAGGUCUGAGAGUCAGCGUUUUCCGGUUUGAGCUCCUAUUCUUCAGGAGUUGAUAGAUCAGCCAUCAAAUCCUUGGCCUGGAGUUAAAUGUCUCUCGUCGAGGGAGACUUCUGCCACAAUUGAUCUGUUUUGCUUUAAAUAUUGAAUAGUUGGCUGGGGUACAGCUCUUGUAAUCCUGUUAAUUGAUGGUAAGUUGAAUUAAAGCAUGAGUUUGCAUGUCAGCCCAUAAAAAAUGGACUUGUAUUGUUUGAAUAUUUUUAACAAAGAAGUUAAAUGCUGGUAUUUGAUGGUUUAAGUCUGUUUUCGGUAUCAUGAACGCUGUUUUGAUCUAUCGAAGGAGGCAAUAAUGCAAGUGUUGACACCUUUUCACUUCUCCAAAGGAGCAUCUCCUGGAUUUGUACCAGAUUCCAUUUUUGUAUCUUUAACUGUAAAAAAGCUGGUCUAGAAACAGCGAUAAACUGGUAACGGGGAUCUGGAUCAAACGUACAAAAGCAAAGGAGUCGGUUCGUGACUUAGUGUGCUUAAAAAAGAGAUGUCACGUGCUGUGUUCUUGGUCCAUCCGUGUAGUAACUGUGAAAUGGAGGUGUGGAAGAUGAAGGGGUGCAGUGGAACUCUUGCUUUUGUUCGGUGAUCCAGGCUCUGACCAGGUUCAAGCUGGUGCCAGUGCCACAGGUGGGGAGAAGGCACGAAAGGUUCACCGAGAACUUGGCAAUUCCAUGAUCGCUUCCAUAACCAGUACAACUUCCACAUGCUGUUCAGUCUCUGCGAGUUCACAUUGCAUGUCUACCUUAAACCAAAUCUUUUUUGCUAAGCAUGGUGCUUGUAUUGGUUUCAAUAAAAUGUUUAAUUAAGA